AUGCUCGCGAUCACUAGCUCCCGCCGUCUGUAUCUCCCCCUCGCAUUCACGCUCUCCCUCGGUCCCAUUCUCUCUCUGUCGCAUUCGCGCUCCCUCGUGGUCCCGUUCUCCCUCUCCCUCGCAUUCACUCUCUCCGUCUAUGUUGCGCUCUCUCUCGUUCGCAUUCGAUCUAUCCGUCUCUCUUGCUCUCUUCCUCUUUCGCAAUCUCCCUCUCCGGCGCACCCGUGCUCUCUCUCGGCGCAUUCGCUCUCUCCGUCUCUACCGUAUGCUCCCCCAUUCGCAAUCGCCACCUCAGACUCUCCCGUGUACUCCCCCGGUCGCAUGCGCGCGCUUCGUCGCUCCCCGCGCUCUGUCCAUCCCGUGAUCUCUCUCUUACGCGUUUGCGCGCUCCGUCCCUCCCGUCCGCUCUCCGUUUUGCAUUCUUACGAUCUGUCAACCUCUUUCGCUAUCCGUUUCGUAUUUCCGCGCUCCGUCCCUCCCGUCCGCCCUCCCUAUCGUAUUCACGCGCUCCGUCCCUCCCGUCCGCAUACGCCGGUCGCCUUCACGCACUACGCCACUCCCGUCCGCUCUAUCACGAUCGCAUUCUCUCUCUCCGUCGCUCCCGUGCGUUCCCACGGUCGCAUUCACACGCUCCGUCCGUCCGUUGCUCUGCCACCGUCGCAUUCUCGCGCACCGUCCCUCCCGUGCGUUCCCACGGUCGCAUUCUCUCUCUCCGUCCCUCCCGUGCGUUCCCACGGUCGCAUUCUCUCCCUCCCGUCCGCUCUACCUCUCGCAUCCGCUCUCUCCGUCCAUUCCGUGCGCUCUACCUUUCCGCAUUCGCGCGCUCCGUCCCUCCCGUCCGCUCUACCUCUCGCAUUCGGUCUCUCCGUCUCUCCGUGCGCUCUACCUUUCCGCAUUCGCGCGCUCCGUCCCUCCCGUCCGCUCUACCUCUCGCAUUCGCUCUCUCCGUCCAUUCCGUGUGCUCUCCCUUCCGCAAUCGCGCGCUCCGUCCCUCCCGUCCGCUCUCCCUUACGUUCGUUAUCUCCGUCCCUCCCGUGCGCUGUCCGUACCUCAUUCGCGCGCUCCUUCCCUCCCGUCCGCUCUCCCACCGUCGCAUUCUCUCUCGCCGUCGCUCCCGUGCUCUCUCAUCGUCGCAUUCUCCCUCUGUCGCUCCCAAGGUCUCCCACCGUCGCAUUCGCCAUCUCCUUCGCUCCCGUUCUCUAUCCCGGCCGCUCUCGUUCCCGGUAUCUCUCUAUUUCUCUCGCUCCCUUGCUCUCCGUCAGUCGCAUUAGAUCUCUCCGUCGCUCCCGUGAUCACUCCCUUUUGAAUUCACUCUCUCCGUCGCUGCCGUUCACUCUCUCGUUCGUUUCGACUCUCUCGCUCGCUAAGGGUGCUCUCGCUCGGUCGGAUUUGCCCUCUCCGUCUCUACCGUGUGCUCUCUCGUUCGCAAUCGUGCCUUACUCUUCGCAAUUGCGCGCUCCGUCGCUCCCGUCCGUUCUCCGUGCUUUCCCACCGUCGCAUUCACCGACGAAUUCGCUCUCUCUGUCCCUCCCUUGCUCUCCCACCGUCGAAUUCUCUCUCUCUGUCCCUCCCUCGCUCUCACACCGUCGAGUUCUCUCUCUCUGUCCCUCCCUCGCUCUCACACCGUCCAAUUCUCUCUCUCUGUCCCUCCCUCGCUCUCACACCGUCCAAUUCUCUCUCUCCGUCCCUCCCUCGCUCUCCCACCGUAGCAUUCUCUCUCUCCGUCUCUCCCUCCCUCACACUGCCCCCUCUCUCCCUCCCUCACACUGCCCCCUCUCUCGUCGCUCCCCGAGUCCUCUCCUCUUCCGGGCUCUUCCUCUCUGUCCCACUCGUUCACCCCCUCCUCCCUCCUAUCCCCUCCUCCUCCCUCCCCUCCGCUCUCCUCCUCUCCACUCUCUUCCUCUCCGCCCUCUUCCUCUCUGCCCCACCUUCCCCCUCCUCUCCUCUCCCGGGCUCUCCCUCUCUCUCCCUCCCUCUCCUCCUCCCCCUCCCUCCUCUCCUCUCACUGCCUCUUCCUCUCUGCCUCCCUCACCUCCUCCCCCUCCUCCUAUCCUCUCACUGCCUCUUCCUCUCUGCAUCUGUUCCAUUAUCCAUCGCACGUGGUUCACUGUCUUGUUUGCAGAUGGCAUACACGUGUAG